CUAUACCGCGUUUGGAACUUACGGCAGCAGUUUUAGCAGCUCGCAUGGGAUCCCAGCUGCAGUCAGAAUUAGAUAUUAAGUUUGCAGAGUUUAAUUUUUGGACGGAUUCCAUGAUUGUCUUACACUAUAUUAGAAAUGAGAAAAGCCAGUUUAAAACAUUCAUAGCAAAUCGAAUUUCGACUAUUCACAGUCUUACUAAGGUGGACCAAUCGAGAUUCGUACCUUCUAAAGAAAAUAUAUCAGACUUUGCAUCCAGAGGGGUCAAGUUUGACAUUGAUGAUGUCAAGGUAUGGGAGGAGGGUCCACAUUUUCUCAAGAAGCCGAAGGAGUGUUGGCCUACCGCUGAUGUACAAGGUCCUGACCCUCAUCUAUUGGAAAUAAAGAAGGCAAUGUCGGCGCAUAUUGGACUAGAUUACUUAGGGCUGCUGCGUGGUUAACCCGAUUUAAGCGAUAUUUACUGGUAAUGCGUUCUGGUAGGACUGAUCUGUCUCU